AUGUGUGGUAGGUUUGCCUUAGCUUACGAUAGCGGGGAUCUGCCCGGCCUUCUAGGGGAAUGGAAUUUACCAGUACAUACCCCCAACGACGCAUCAUCGAACGAUCAACGUUCAUUAGACGAGGAGGAUACAAAAGGUCAGGCGGCCGUUAGUGAAGAGAUAUUCAAAGCUUCUUAUAAUGUCUCACCUACGAACUAUUCCGCUGUAUAUCGGGCAGAUACUAAAGCCAUUCAGUUCAUGAGGUGGGGCCUAGUGCCCUUCUGGACGAAAGAUUCCUCACAGUUCAAGACCUAUCGUACCUUUAAUGCUCGUUUAGAGAAUCUACAACAGAGUAAAAUGUGGAUAAGACCUUGUGAGAAGAAAAGAUGUGCUGUACUCAUGAGCGGAUAUUUUGAGUGGAAAACUGUAGGGAAGAAGAAAACGCCUUAUUUUAUUUCUAGACGGGACGGCAGGUUGAUGUUUGUAGCAGGAAUGUACGAUUAUGUGGAGAAGGAAGAUUUGUACACGUUUACCAUAAUAACUGCACAAGGGCCCAAAGAGCUGAAGUGGCUGCACGAAAGAAUGCCCUGCGUACUGGAACCGGGCUCUAAGAGUUGGGAUGAGUGGAUGGAUGUGGACAAGACGGAAUGGAGUACAGAAGAACUGGUAAAGUUAUUAAAUCCAGGUUACGAUGAGUCAAAGCUACAGUUCUAUCAAGUUACUGACGAUGUCGGAAAAACUACCAACACUGGAGAACGAUUGAUUAGGCCUUUGUUGAAAGAGGAUUCAGACAUGUUUAGUGUGAAGAAAGAAAGAAAAGAAGUUCUACUCGAAUCUGACAACGACGAAGGUAUCGCUGAUAAAGAUGACGAUGCAGGAGCUGAUGAAUUGAUCAAAAGGGAAGAUGAUCGCAAGGAAAAGAAGGAUCUGAAGGAGAAUUCCUAUGAUCAAUCUGCGAAGAAGAAAGAGUACAAAAAACCAAUCCCAUCAGAUGGAGGAAGUGUAGGUAUUAGAGUAAUGAAAGAAGAAGCGAAUGAAUCACCUGAAGAAGGGGGAAGUGAAAAGAAAAGAAACAUCGUUGAUAUGUUGGGCAACCAAAAGGAUUCAAGAGGCAGGAAGAAGCUGAAAAAAUGA